AUCACCAUCUCUCGUCCUCCAUGUUACCAUGCCAGAGACACAGGCGCCGGCUGCAGACAGCCCCCUGCACCAUCUCCCUCCCUCGCAACACCAGCAACCGGUGCUCAAUCUGAUCCACGUGGGCCUGCGCGAGGCCAGUCUCGACUCGCCCACUUUCCGCUGCUCGGCCCUGCACUUUGCAGACAACAUAGAUGCCGUGGAGCGAUGGCUCGAUGGCUAUCUCAAGGCUGCCUCCCGCCUCGUGGCCGAGGUGUCGGCUCUGGAGGCUGCCGUCAACUCGUUCUUGACCCACUCCAUGCCACCCGCUCCCAUCAGCGAGGCUGUCCUUGACCACGACUACACCCUGCUGGCGACGCGUCGAUAUGGCGAAGGAGCGCGAGAGGUCUGGGGUAAUACGUUGCGAGGCGUGAAACGCUGCGAUACCGCUGUAAUUGAGCCCAUCAGAGGCUUCCUCAAUCAGGAACUGCGCGUCUUCAAAGAAUCGAGGCGCGCAAUGGAUAGUGCACAAAAAGCAUUCGAUGCUGUGCUCAACCGCUAUGCGGCCCAGAGCAAGGGUAAAGAGGCUUCCUCACUGCGCGAAGAGGCUUUUCAACUCCAUGAAGCACGAAAGCUGUAUCUCAAGGCCAGUAUGGACUUCUGUGUACAGGCUCCACAGCUACGUGCAUCGCUGGAUCAGCUCAUCGUUCGAGUCUUUGCAGAUCAAUGGAAAGAGAUGCGUCAAGGUCGAGAGUCCAGCAUUGCCACAUUUGCGAAGUGGGGAGCCGAAAUGGAACGUGUCCGUGGUUGGAGCAGAGAAAUGGAAAAUUCAGAGCGGGCUUUCAAACGUGAGCUCCUCACGGCGCGGAGGCUGAUCGAGGAAGCUGCCGAGAAGAAGAAACGACCAUCUCGGGAGUUGGAAGAUUAUGCUGCAUCAACUGUACCGUACCUAGGCACCGGGGCCUCUUCUGCCACUGGUGCUGGUGGCAGCUCGCUUGAUGUGGCUGAGAAGCAAGGAUGGCUUUUCUUGCGCACUAGCACGGCCCGUCCUGCGAGAACAGUAUGGUCGCGCCGAUGGUUCUUUGUGAAGAACGGCAUAUUCGGAUGGCUCGUUCAAGGCACGCGCUCUGGUGGGGUUGAAGAGAGUGACAGAACCGGUGUUCUUUUGUGCAGCGUACGCCCUGCUUUCCAAGAAGAACGUCGUUUCUGUUUUGAAGUCAAGACCAAGGACCAGAGCAUCAUUCUUCAAGCAGAGACGCAACAAGAGCUCACCGAGUGGAUCAAUGCAUUCGAAGUGGCAAAGAGGAAGGCUCUAGAUGAUCCCGCCAGCACCGAGACUUCAUCAGCGGCUCAUGGGAUUGACCCAGCGUUUGCCAUUAGUCCUCCAAUGGCACCGGAAUUUGCUGCCAAGAUUGGCGACGGUCAUGCAGCACAGACUAGCGAAGACCUUGGACUUGGACUCGCGGCCCCGGAAAGAGAAGGUACAGGCUUGGGAGUAGCUAACCGCACUAGCUUUGAUGUCAACCCUCGACGAGUAAUGAGUCUGGAGCGAGACGCCGAAGGGGGCCUACGGGAGGCCUCGCGCGACCAUGCCGCACGCCUCAUACAAAAGCUCGAUCUGCACAAGAGAUCUACAGCUUCGUCUCAAGCAAGCCAAGGGUCGACACCAGGCGGCGGCGGCAUCGCCAGCCUCAUCUCAGCGAGUCACAACAUCUUACCCGUUGGCCCUGGUGCUGCAGAUGGACCAAAGCGGAAUUUUACGAUGCCUGCUAGCAUUCAGCCAACCAGUAGCUUGGCACCUUCCACACUUGCGAACCCUCCCGCCGCUACUAAUCUAAGCCACACUGCGGUUGUUGUUAGUGGCGAGAGAGGCCUCAAUCUUGGCCGUACUGAUGGCUCCGGUGUGCCCUCGGGCAUCCUUGCUAACUUGUGGGGAAGUAACAAUUGGGGCCAUAUCAACCGCUUAGGUCCCGAUGACGAUACGUCGCAGCCAUCUAGUCCCAGAUUGCGCGCGAUGUCUAUCUCACAAGACGACUCUGUUGUGAUGGACGGUCAUGACGCAUCCGAUCCCAACGACCCCUUGGCAUCAGGGUUGGGUUCUGUUCUGGGACAUCGGAAGAACUUGAGUGUCGGUGGUGAGAUCAACUUACCUACACCGAGGACGGCCAAGCAUGACGCAGCAGCCUCAGUUGUCGGCGAUGACUUUCCAGCACUCUACCCACUGCCUCUGAAGGCGCAAAAUGCGCAGUUCCAUACGCUUUUCCCUGCAGUCCCCAAAUCAGAAAAAGUGGUACUAGUUUUCCGCGCGACGUGGAAUCCGAAUGAUCAGCAGGAAUUUCCUGGCCGCGUCUAUGUCACCCACAGGGAGAUUUACUUCUUCUCCAACCAUUUGGGCUUGGUGCUGAUUACUGGCGUCAGUCUUUCGACGCUCGAUGAAGUCACGGCAGCACCAGGCAGAGAUUGUGAUUUCAUCUAUCUCCAUCUCCGGGAGGGCAUCCGCCAAGACGAUGCGCGUAGAAUCACAAUCAAGAUUUUCCUGGAACCACUAAGGCUCUUGCAGCGUAGACUCAAUUUUCUGGUGCGCAAUGCUCGUUCGGAUGAACCAGAAAGUCUCGAAGAGAUCCUGAGGAUUCUGAUCAAGAUGGAAUCCGACCCACUGCCCCGGAGGUCCAGCGUCGACAGCUGGGAAGAUGUCAUCUAUGAAGCUGAAGACUCCGGUCAGGGUAAUCUGAUGACUCCCGAUCGUCGUCGUGUCCGUAAUCUGAAAGCCAGCUUACGAAUCGACGGAAGCCUUUAUGGAGAAGCGGCAAGGACAGGGCGAGAACUACAAAAGUUCAAACUCCCCGCACAGGCAGUUGUGUAUGCGCCUUCCGGAAUGCAGAGCAGCGUGUCCCGAGACUUCAACGUGAGCGCCAAAGCACUAUUCCAUGUUAUGUUUGGGGAUAAGAGCGCCGUCUUCCAAUUGCUAUAUGCAAACCGGCGGGCCACCAAUAUCUUGCAGACACCCUGGACCAAGACCGACCAGGGUCAUUGGAACAGGCGAUUCACGAGCCAGGAUCAAUCGCUGGCGGACACACAAACCAUUGACAUCUUCAACGACCAUCUCUGCUACGUGGUCACGAGUAACACGCAGCCCUGGCGACAGCCUUAUGGAAACUCGUUCGCCUUGACGACUAAAUUUGUGUUGACGCACACGGCCAAGUCGAGGUGUAAACUCGCCAUCUUUGAGAAGCUCGUCUGGCAUAAAUAUCCGCCAAUGCCGUACCUCAAACAUUUGAUAGAGAGACAAGCAUACAACUCGUUGGACGCGGACGCCUUGGACCUGUCGAAUGUGGCGAUGGACCAAGUAGCCAAGCUUGGUAAUCACAGCAAGACUAACAAGGCAGUCGACAUCUUUGGCAGUGUUGGACAGCAAUCUCAGGCCGCCCAAAUUGACAGCAGUCAGGUGCCGAACGGUGCGUUGCCAGUUAUUGGCGCAGCCGCAAACAAACCCAUGGGCAUUGCCCAGCUGGUGUGGAAUGACCUCUUUGCUCGCACGCUUAGUGCUUGCAGCCUGCUACUCGAUCUGAUGAUUGCUGUCGGCAAGGGCGCAGUAUCUCUGUGCAAUGCGCACACCCUGCUUGUUCUGGUACUGUUCAUCUCGGCGCUUUACAAUGGAUGGCAUGCGUACCGCGAUGGCUUAGUGUGGUAUCACGAUCGAAGUGCGACACGGUUCAUGGCGAGGAUUGGUGUGGCACCAGACGCGAUGAUGACCAAAGGCGUCUAUCUCAACGACAUCGUUGAUGAGCUGCUGGCAUCACAAUCUACAGUCAAUGACACCCUCCCAGUGCAAACGAGCAGUGAUACUGGCCCACGAAGGACAUGUCGAACCACGUUCCAUGAACAGCUCACGACUUCAAAGUCUUUGACGCGAGGCCCAUCUUUGGGCGUGAGUCUCCAACAAUCCCGAGACUCAUUAGCGAAGUAUAGGCAUGACUUACUUGUCGCUCUACGCGUAAUCAACCGCAUUGAGAAGGACGUCGUGUCGGCGGAGUUUGAGACCUGGGUACACUCGGAGGAGCAAAAGUGCGAGCGUGUCGAGAACAUGCUACGCCAAUUGAGUGAGAAAGAGCCCAACUCGAAAGGAAAGAAAGCCGUAUACAUGGCAGAGCUGGGUGAGGACUUCGCAGAGUACUGCCACAGUUGCCGGAUCGAGGCUUCGUCACUCGACACCGGUAUCCUGCUAGCAUGAAGAAGAAGAAGAAGAAGAAGAAGGACAACUUAUGGUGCCUUGUAGAGCUACCCCGAAUAAACAAUGCUUGG